UUUUUCAGUCAGUUUCUGUCUGUCGGUGUCGCGCAUUACGUUGCCGCUAGCAACCGACUUUCGUUUGUUUGUUUAUGUCUCGAAUUUUCGGCAUUUUCGUUCGUUUUUCAAACGACAUGUGACAUAAACUAGGUAUUUUUGGUGCGUUGUGACUAUUUGAAAUCGUUUUUUCGUGCUAAAAUGGAAGGAAUUCGUGCGUUUUGUGUGUUUGCGAUUGUUUUGGUGGUAAACGGAGCCGAAGACCCAUAUUUUGUGAAAAGUCCACAAAAUUCUGACGUCAUUCAAGGAAAAUCAGUUUUUUUACCAUGUGAAGUGACGCCAAACGAGGGAAUAACGUAUUUUUGGGAACUAAACGGCUCUAAACUAUCCAACACAACACGUCGCUACCAAACCGAAUCUGGUCUGAAAAUAACGCGUGUCGACAGAGAACGGGACUCUGGCCAGUUCACCUGCAUUGCCUCAGACCCCACGGGGAAAACCCCGUCCAUAACUAGCUCUCCUGCCACACUCAACAUCCAAUUUAUUGGCGAAGCUAGCGUUCAGCUGCAAGAACCCGAAUCGGCUUCGUACAUCAAACGGGGCGGCGAGGUCAUUCUUAGGUGUCAUAUGGAGGCCACCGGCGAUGUUCACUACGAAUGGUUUAGGAACGCUGAACGUUUGGACAAAUCUCCAAGAAUAGAAAUAAAAAAGAAGCGACUGCACAUCAAAAACGCACAGCCUGGUGACAAUGGUGUCUAUAGAUGCGCGGGGAAAAACGAGGCUGGAAUUGAAUUUAGCAGCAAAAAUUUUGCCUUGGCUAUUGCCAGUGAUCAAACAGCUUUAAUCCAAAUUGUUCCGUCGAAUCAGUUGGUGAAAAAAGGUGCUACCGCGUUUUUUGAUUGUUCCUAUCAAAAUGCUGAUGUCACAGAAUGGUAUUUUAGAGAUAGUGGGCCUUUGGAAAGCAAUAAUAGAUACCUAAUUUAUUCAAACAGCACCCUUAGAGUCAACAAUGUACAGGAAAAAGAUGAAGGGCUUUAUAGUUGUGUUGGAAUACCAAGUGAAUCCACUGAAGUUCCACAAACCUAUACUGCUGGAUUAAAAUUAGCCUAUAUCAAGGAUUUUACUGAAUCUUCAUUCGAGCCUCCAUUAACUGAAGACUCCAAAAAAGUCGUAGCUGAAGGUGGAAGCUUUCAACUGACUUGCUUAGAACCUGAAAGUGUACCACUGGCGAAAAAAUGGUGGCAAAAUAAGGCUGGACACACUAUAUCGGAUUCUGGAGACGUAAAGGUGGAUUAUGAUGGAAGACUGAUAAUUGAAAAAGCUCAGCUGUCUCACUCAGGAUUUUAUUCCUGCGUUGCAGAAAGCGUGGCGGGAAAAGUCGUGAAGACGUUUGAGUUGGUUGUUACGACAAAACCUGAAAUAACAUCUCACCCAGUCAGCGUCACAGUGGACGAAAACGACAGAUCCACUUUGACAUGUUCAUUUAAUUCCAACUCGGAAGGUCACACUGUUGUUAAAUGGAGGAAAGAUGGGAAAUUAUUAAAGCACGAUUUCGAUAUUAACAGCAUGCCCAACCAAAGGGUCAGAGUUUAUAAACACAACGGUACUUUGGUGAUUUUUUCCACUCAGAUUCAGGAUAGGGGAGAAUAUGUCUGCGAGGUUGUCACCAGUGGUUUUGGAGCUGUUGUCUCCAAACCUGCAACUAUUUCUGUUAUUGAGCAACUGAGGUUCUCCCCACCACCUGUAAACAAAAAAAUGGAGCUGGGCAGCGUCGCCAAAAUCCACUGCAAAGCCCAAGGCACCCCUCCUCCAAAUAUUCACUGGGAGAAGGAUGGAGUACGAUCCGAAAACCUCGCUAGUCACAUAACAGAUAUGAACGGAACUUUGCAUUUCAAUGUGGUGCAAGCAAAAGACAAGGGGAAAUAUUCGUGCAUAGCUGCAAAUAGCCAGGGGACCAUACAAGCUAACAUAACCAUAGAGGUGGUGAAGGCUCCCAAGUUUACGCUGAUUCCGAAAAACUUGGAGGUUCUGGAGGGGCAAGCGGUGCACGUCGAUUGCGUUGUGGAGGGGGAUCCCAAACCCACCAUACAGUGGGAUAAAAAUUCCACGUUGAACAAUUUCGAUAUGACGAGGUUCAGCGUUCUGAAGAAUGGCACUCUUUUCAUCAGCGAGGUCAGAAGGGAGGACGAGAAUAGAUACGGGUGCACUGGAGGUAACAGUGGAGGUUUUAACAGGAAGGAGAUGAAGUUGACUGUGCAUUCUCGUGAUGGUUAUCAUCCAGAAGAAAUAGAUGGCGACACUACCGUUACCAAAGCUGUUCUAAUAACAAUGUCUGUUGCUGGGGCUUACAUUAUUUUGGUGGUGGGUCUCAUGGUAUGGUGCAGGUUAAGAAGGAGGUCCAGAAAACUACCCAUUGGAGAUGCAGCCAAAACCGAAAACGGAGACGUCGAACACACAGAACUAAAAGACGUCACCAACGGCCACCUUCCGGGUCCAUCGAAACCGGAAGCGAACGGCGUGAAAACGCACAAAGAGGGCCAGAAAAGCGACGGUGCCGAGACGACGCACUCGCAAAGCUCGAGCAACUCGAAAAAGUCCAAGUGCAGCUACGACAAAAUCGCCCUGUCGCGCGGCCACCUGAAGGAGACCAAGCUGAUAGGUCGCGGCGAGUUCGGCGAUUGCUUGGUGGCCAAGAUGCCGAAGAGUGCCGUGGAGAAGGGGACUUCGCAGGCGGCCACGACGCCCACCGAGGAUAAAGAGAAAGACAACGAUUUGGUUGUUUUGGUGAAAUGUUUGUCGCAGACCAAGGAGGAGAGUUGUUUGGCCGAGUUUAAAAGGGAAAUCGAUAUUUUCUUGAAGUUAUCCCACGAAAAUAUCACGAAACUGUACGGUUUGUGUCGGGAAGUUGAACCUCACUACAUGAUUUUGGAGCACACCGAUUGGGGGGAUUUAAAGCAAUUUUUGGUUGCAACUAAGAAAGGAAGUCCUCCACCAUUAACUCCAGUGCAGAGUGUCGCCAUAGUUCACCAAAUAAGCCGAGGCAUGGAACACUUAUCCAACGCGAGAUUGGUCCAUAAAGAUUUGGCAGCCAGAAACUGUCUUAUUACAUCCCAAUUGGUGGCUAAAGUGGGCCUUCCUAGGUUGACACGUGACCCUUAUAGUCAGGAAUACUGCAAACAUGUUAAUCAUAUUAUCCCCUUAAGAUGGCUUCCAUAUGAAGCAGUCUACGAAGACGAGUACUCCACGAAAAGCGACGUGUACGCGUUCGCAGUCCUAAUCCAGGAAAUAUUCUCCCAGGGAGAACUCCCCUUCCCCAAGAUCAACGACACAAGCUUCCUGACGAAGCUCAAGGAGAAAAAGUUGGAGUGGAAACCCGCCCCCAACACGCCGGAAGGUUUGCAACCCUUGCAGGAGCCCUGCUGGGAUUCGAACCCCCAAAAUCGGCCCACUUUUGCCGAACUGUCGAAAGAUAUCGGCGAAGUGCGCAAGUCUAUGUAAAUAUUUAGUUUUUAGUGAAAUGACGAAAAGUUAUAGGAACGUUGUACUAUUAAAUGUACUUUUACCAAGUAAGAGUAAGAUUUUUCUGGUAUUUAACUUAAGUACUUUUUUCUUGUACUCUGUUUUAUAAUGUGAUUUAUUUCCUUAUUUUGGUUAUGUUUAAUGGUAUAAAGUCCUGUUAAUUUCUUUAUUAUUAUUAUUAUUAUUACAGGCAGAGCUCUACAAGUACAUGAAGAAAGUACUUAAGUAAAAGUAGAAAGUACUUUUAAAAAAUAUUAUUUAACUUGACUUAACUAUUUUAAAAUGAUUUCUGGAGUCCAUUAAUGUACUCUUUUACUGCACAGUAGAGUGGGUCAAAUACCCGUUCUGUUUAAAUUAAUUUGGUAAUAGCAAAAAUAUUCUUCAAGGUAAAAAAAAUUAUGAGCAAAAAACACUUAAAAUAGGAAGUAGGUAAUAAAAUACUUUUUUUUCAAGGUAUCUGUUGGGAAAUGUCUUCAAAAAAGGAAAAAAAAAAUUAUCCACAAAAAAGGUUUUUAGCAAUUAUCACAAAUAUUGCACAAUUGCGAUUUUACCUUAAAAUGUAGAUACCAUUUUUUAAAAAGUCGUAAUUGUAAUUUUUUUGACAAAAUUUGCUUAUUUUAUUAAUGAAAAUAUUUUUGUUCAUAUAUUUUGUACGUAAAUUAAAUUUUCCACAAAAAGGUUCCAUCAAUUAUCGCAUAAAUAUUGAAGCUUUAGAGAUAAUCGCCAUUUUUUUUUAAUUGUCAUUUGACAAAUAUACCUAUGUCAUUUAUAAAAAUGGCACAACCAGAACCGUCAUAUUUUUUUUAAAUAUAAAUCUACUAAUUUGACUACCUAUUUUAUUCAGUAGAAUUUCAAUUAUUAGUGACCGCUUUUUCGCCAAAAUUAUUAAAAAAUGACACAAUUAGUUAUGUUUGACUAAUUUAUUUUUAUAGCGUAAUUUAUUGAACCCAAAUAAAUAUGACAAUUUUAAAAUAAAAUUUUAAAAUGUUCAUUUGAUAAUUGAUAUGUACUUUUUUAGACAAUUAAAUUUUUGACUAAUUUAUUUUUAGAGAGAUGGUAGUAGUGGGGAAUUUAUUGAACCCAAAUUAGAUGUUUUUUUUUACAAUUUAGUAAGUUUUUUCAUAAAAAUGACAAUUCCUAAAUAAAAUGGCAAUAAGAUAGAUAGAUAGAUAGAUAAUUAUUAUCUCUGGAAUAACAAUAAUUAUAGAAAAUUAAAUUUUUUAACAAAAUAUAUAUGAAAAAAUACUUGUAAAAUUAGUAAAUUUUGUAAAAAACAUAAAUUCGCGAUUACCUCUGGUUCAAAAAUUUUCAUUUAAAAAAAUAAAUUUGGCUGGAUCCACACAUCAAUUCAAAAUUUAAAAAAAAAAAACAAAUUAUUGCAAAAUUUGAAGUUAAUUGAUCAAAAGGAACAGGGGUCCCUGAGAGUUUUUUAUAGAUAAUUUAGGAAAUUCAAAAUGUUUUUUUGGUAAUUUUUUUUAUUGAGUAUAAUUGAGGAUAUUAUGUUAAACCAAGCACGGAUUUGCAAUCUACGACUAAAAAUUAUGUUUACGUGUCCGAGCGAGAGAGUUUACCUACAGUGUAAUUGAUAAGUACUUUUUUUAGACAAUUAAAUUUUUUUAACAAAUGGAUGGUGUUUAUCAAAAAUGAACCAAGCGCCAAAAACUUUUUCUGGGGUAAACAAAAUUAUUUGCAAAAUAAUUUUUUAUGCUGCUCAAAUCUUCUUUCAAUAAUCCUUUUGAGAAAAGUUCCAAAUGAUGAUUAACCUUUUGAGCAUUAUUAAAUAUGAGAUAUUUUACAAAUAAUUUUACUAAGCCCAGAAAAAGUUUUUGGCGCUUGGUUCCUUUUCGAUCAGCGUUAUCCAAAUUAUGUUAAUAAAAAAAAUACUUUUAAAGUUAGAAUUUAUAAGUGAAUUACUUUUAAAAUAAGAAUUUAUUGGUGAAAGCUUUUUGACCUUGAAAAUUAAUAAAAAAUUACUUACAAUUGAAGGGGUUAGAAUAAAAAGGGUAUAAGUAACAUUUUCAUUUUUUGGAGAUAUUUGAAGUUAAAGUUAUGUUACCAUAAAAAAGUGAAGAAUUUUGUUUAGUAAUGUUUUUCUACUGGAUAAUAGAGGUCCCUAGAAGUAUGAAAAUUACUUAAA